UGUAUUUCGCGGUAAACAUUACUUGCGCUUGUUAAACAGAAGUGCAAAUAGAAUAAUAAUAAUUAUUCAAUUUUUUUGUGCUAGUUUAGUUACAAAAAAACUAAUUAUUAAAACUCACCAUAAGAAAUCUUUAAAAUCAUGUUGUUUUAUUCAUUUUUCAAAUCUCUGAUCGGUAAAGACGUCGUGGUGGAAUUAAAAAAUGAUCUCAGUAUUUGCGGUACUCUUCAUUCAGUAGAUCAGUAUUUAAAUAUUAAAUUAACUGACAUCAGUGUCACAGAUCCAGAUAAAUAUCCACACAUGCAAUCAGUAAAAAAUUGUUUCAUCCGAGGAUCUGUCGUCCGAUACGUCCAAUUGCCGCACGAUGAAGUAGACACUCAGCUGUUGCAAGACGCAGCCCGAAAAGAGACUACGGUUCAAACUCGCUAAAUAAAAACUAAAUAUAAUUAAAAUAAUGUAUUAUUUUCUAUAAUUAAAAAUAAUAAUAAUAAUAAAUUUUCCAUUGAUUUAUUAUUAAAAGACACGUUGAUAAUGUACAGUAAAACGAUGUAAAAGCUUUUGUCUGGGUCAGCUGAUUAUAAAAUAAAAAAUAACCAAGGACAAA